GACCCAGGGAAGCUAAACGAACGCACCCAUUAGCAAACUCGAUAGUACCAGUUUAUAAAUCUCUUUUGUGAAAAAGAACACACCAUUGAUUUUUUUUCAGACACUGCGUUUUCUCAAUACAAUCACGGAAAAGGGAUCCCUAUGAUACAAUCGUGUGGAAUGAGAUGGCACUUUUUUCUUGUCACGCUGCGCAGCGUGCCUUGGUGAUUUUUUGCUGAAUCAUUCUUCACUGCUGAUGGUCAAACGUGUGCUAUUGUAUUGGCAGUCAUCAUCAUCCUGUUCGGUUGCUUGUAUAGACUUCAUCAUUACCGGACCGUAGUGGCAAAACUGGUCUGCACUGCACUUUGAACCCGAGAACUGCAAUCACGAUGGGGGGUUCGAGCAGCGUGGAACUGCAGACCAAACGUGUCGUCAUCAUCGGCGGUGGCUACGGUGGUGUCGCUGUGGCCAAUAAACUCCUCGGGAAAUGUCAGCUGACUUUAAUUGACCCAAAGGAGGCUUUGCAUCACUGCAUAGCAGCUCUGAGAGCCUGCACUGAAGACGGUCUCUCUGAGAAGACGUUUAUCCCAUACGAGCCAACGUUCGGCGAGAGUUUCAAACGCGGAACAGUUGUGUCGAUCGACGUUAAGUCGAAAAAGGUUCUUUUAUCCGGAGGCGAGUCGAUUUUCUACGAUUAUCUCAUCAUAGCAACGGGGAGCCAGGGACCGUUUCCCGGUAACGUAGAGGGCGGAGAGGACACCGAUGUAUACGUAGCGCAGUAUAUAGCCAUGUUGCAGAAGGUCAAGUCGGCCAGCGAGAUUGUAGUCAUCGGUGGUGGGGCCGUAGGGCUUGAGAUGGCGGGUGAGAUUGCCACCGACUUCCCCCAUAAGUCAGUAACAGUCGUUCACUCCAGAGACUACCUCGUGGAGGGCGUUGAGCUGAGGCCUAAAUUCAGAGAAGGGGUCAGGAAACAACUUGCAGCUAAGGGAGUUAAACUAGUACUCGGCGAGAAAGUUACUAAUAUAGACGACAUCCCCAGGGAUGGAUCUUCCAAAUGUACGUUAAAGACCAACAAAGGGACUGAGAUCGAGGCUGACCUUGCCAUCGUAUGCAUCGGGCAGCCAUGCAACUCAUCCGCGUACGCAACAUCACUUGAAACCAAUACGACGGAGCGUGGGUAUCUCAGGGUCAAUGAUCACCUUCAGGUUGAAGGGUUUACAGACGUCUUCGCUCUCGGGGACUGUUCCGAGUCUGGCUCACCCAAAAUGGCAUAUGUGGCCGGUCAACAAGGAGAAUUGGUUGCUGCUAACAUUUUGUCAAUUGCCGGGGGAAAACGGCUUAAGAAAUGGAAAAAGCCCGGACCGAUGAUGGUCCUGCCGAUUGGGCGAGACGGUGGUAUGUUCCAAGCAGGGCCAGUUGUCUUAGGAUCUUUCUUCGCCAGAAAGAUCAAGAGCGAACAUCUUUUUCUUCCGAAGUUUUGGGGCGAGAUGAAACAAAAAUUUCCCAAGUAGACCUUUCACUGAACAUUUAAGGCAGUGGACACUAUUGGUAAUUGUCAAAGACUAGCCUUCACAGUUGGUGUAUCUCAACAUAAGC